AGGCGUAUAUGGAUAGAUUUAGGGGAUUAACCUUUUCUACUGCCUGGUUUCUCUUCUUCUUCUUCAUCAUCAUCAUCAUCAUCUUCUAUCCUCAAAGUCUGUGCAGUGAUAAUGUUGCAGAUGGACAGGGAGGACAAAACAAUGUUGAAACCAACAAGGAUGAGAAGCCAUCUACUUUAGUGAUGUUAACAGAUACACUGGCUCUACUAUCAAGGUCUCAAAUUAGUACUUGGAACAAAGCCAAGUCUUUCUUAAAUCAACUGCAGCUGCAUUUUUCCCCUCCAAAUUUAGACUUUAGGAGCAGAGAUAUAGCACAGAGUAGGAUGGGAGAAGGCGACGGCCCCGGAGGGAGGAUGAAAGAGGCGGCGGAGGAAUCUACAAAAUCAGCCGUGGCAGCGGUGGAGGAAUCUGCAAAAUCAGCAGCUAAGGUGGUGGAAGAAGCAGUGCAAAUGACGGCAGAGAAGGUGAAGGAGACUCUGUCUAGCAACCAAGAGUCCGAGGCAGAGCUUUAAUAAAAAAAGUAAGGUCGUUGUUAAUUUAUAGAAUUUUGCUCAGGGUUUUUAGAAGAAUAUGUAUUGAUUUUGUAGUAAUUAAUGAAUCUGCUAAACAAGUAUAAUGAUUUAA